AUGUCUGCUUCUGCCAUUGCACCUGAUAUCUCCCAUGAACCUGAUUUUGAGACAUACCAAAAUCGGACAAAGCGCCGCCUGGCAUGCGAAGACACGUCGCAACCUCUCCCCGAUGGAUUUCCGCUGCAAUUGAGGUCUGAUCUGGCGUGGGCUGUGAGUGAUUUACCUCUCGCUGGCAGUGGAGACGAGCCCUGGGUCUAUAAUCUCACUGUGAUGGAACUGGAAGAGAUCGACCAAGCACUGGCGUACUUCAAAGGGUUUGUAUUAAUCAGCCCGCAGCUAUAUCUUCAGAAGCCUUUGGGAUAUAUUCAGCCUGAAACUUUCCCAUUGCCAACUUUGCAUUCGAGACUUCGUUCCUUGUCGCAUGACUUACAUUUCAAACGUGGGUUUUGCGUGCUCCGUCGGCUUCCAGUCGAGAAGUGGACCCGCGAGGAGAAUAUCAUUGUCUAUGCAGGCGUGUCUUCCCACAUUGGCUCUAUCCGUGGGCGUCAGGAUAUCACACACGAGGGUGCCCCAGCAGAUGUGAUGCUUUGUCACAUCACCAAUCUCAUCACAACCGGGAAUCAGAAAGCGCUAGGUGCCCCGGCGUUUACGAUGGAUAGACAGGUUUUCCAUACCGAUACGGGCGAUGUUGUGUCUCUGUUAGCCUUGAGCGAAGCUGUUGAAGGUGGCGAGAGCCAAGUUGUGAGCGGCUGGACAGUUUACAAUGAGAUUGCUCAGUCACGCCCGGAUCUGAUUCGGACAUUGGCGGAAGAAUGGAUCAUCGAUGGGUAUUCAAACACUUUGCAAAAUAACAAGGAUGACUUUUGUGCUAAUGACGCUGAACGACCGUACUUCCAGCGCCCUCUACUCUACUAUCAGCCCGCGACGGAUGAAGCACCAGAACGAGUGGCGUUUCAAUUUGCCCGCCGUACCUUCACUGGCUUUGGUGCUUUACCUAGAUCGGCUCAUAUUCCGCCGAUUACAGAGGCUCAGGCUGAAGCUCUCGAUGCUCUUCACUUUGUAGCAGAGAAGCAUUGUCUGGAAUUUAAGAUCAAGAAAGGAGACAUCCAAUACAUCAACAACCUCUCUAUCAUUCAUGCCAGACGGGGGUACAAGGAUGACGAACAGGAACCACGACACUUGCUGAGGCUGUGGCUGAGAGAUCCUGAACACGCUUGGAUUACCCCAGAGCCCCUCCAGGAGCGAUGGCAAGGUAUUUAUCAUGGAAUUACUGCCGAGAAAGAGGUCUUUCCUCUUGAGCCGUUCAUCCGUACUGCCUCGAAUGGCACUGCGACAAAAGAUGGAAUCUAG